AUGACGCAACCGGAGCAGCAAAGACAGCUGUCAUGGACUGCCAAAGAGCGGCGACUGAUGAGCCGCAGUGAUGAAGAGAUGCUGGACGAACUUGACCUCCGCCUCGACUACAGAGUCGGAUGGCCGAAGCCCUUGCCGGUCCUCCCCAUCCGUCUAACACCUAUUCUGGAUGUAACGGAGUACAUCGUCGAUUUCUCUGCUGCAAGUCGUCAAAUCCGCAGUAUCUGUGGUGUCGAACGGGUCACCUAUGGUUUCGAUAGUCCGCGCCUUGUUUAUUGUCAUCGUUAUGAUUGCCUUCCAACAGAGGAAGAUGUGACUAUCGUGAUGGAUUGCCGAACUCACACGAUCCUACCUGAUAAUCCAAUUGUCUCGCUAUGGGAAGACGUGUACAGGCAACAAGUCCUCUCCUUGAUCCAAGGUACAGAGUGGCAGACUGUCGACGUGUUCCAUCGUGGCAACAGUCCGGAGAGACACGAUUGCCCGGUAACGAUCGUUAUCACAACAUGGGAUGCCAGCGAGAGUCUGUGGUGGGAAGAUUUGCUUCCGAGGAUCCGUCUACGAUGGCCACAUGCAGUCGAGCUUUGCUCUGCGAACAGUAUCCGUACUAUGGAUCUUGAUAUCCAAGCUAGUGCAAGGAUGUUAACUGAUGCUUCUAUUAGCGGCCCUAUUCAGAUAGGCACAAGUGUUGGAAUCAAGGGUGAGCGUGGUGGAGGAACACCUGGAGGUGUUAUCGAACUACAAGGGCGGGAUGGCACAAUCACAAAGAUGGGUCUCACCAACCAUCAUGUUGUUCUUGAUACAAGACUAAACUCUGAAGUUUGGAUCCGGGAGAUCGAUGAAAGCAUUAACAGAUUGGGAAAAGUGGCUGACGGGGAUCCCACAAAACCGGACAGGCCAGGCCUUAGGGCCAGAGUCAGUUGGGGCGCGGAAUCGAAAAGACCGGAACUCGAAAGAAUUCUGCAUCUGAUGACAGAGGCAGAGACACGGAAAGCACGCAUUAAGUCCUUCGACCGUACUGCAGGUUUCGUGGCCGCAUCCUCGGGGAACAGGACCAUCAAUAUUAAUGGAAAGUGUUGGCCUCUAGAUUGGGCUCUGAUUGAACUCCAUCCACAGCGGCCAAUGACAAAUACGGUCGUUGACGCCCCGACUAAUUCUUUGAUGAAUGCUUACAACGAAACGGAAAUCCGAAAUUGGUCAACUUCAGCAUCUCUGAUGGAUCUAACAGUCUUUAAGAAAGGAAGAACGACAGGCUGGACGGAGGGUACCGUGAACAGCAUCAGGACGGAUCUUCAAUUGACAAGGGAGAAGGAAAACACACAAACUGAUGUCUACGGGCAGCCUGUGUCCGCCUGGUCUAUCCCGACAUCGUCGAAUGCGACGACCAAGUUUGCUUCCGAGGGAGAUUCCGGUUCGUUAAUUCUGAAUGAUGAUAGAACUAUCAUUGGGUUGCUGUUUGCGGCCGAUCCUGCCUCCGGUAUUGGUUACUUUAUUCCGUUUCAUGUGAUCAUUGCAGAUAUUGAAGCGGUCACUGGGGCGAAGUCAGAACUAGUCAAAUUGUUCAUCAUCCUAAAUGCAGAAUGCAUUGAAGCCGUUCUAAAGCAACGCACGGAGACAUCGCACCUCCCAAUUCAGUAUUGA